CUCUGUGGUAAUUCGACCUAGGCCAAAAAAGAGGCGAAUAAUGUACCAAUACUCUGAAGAAGAUUUGAAAAAUGCCUUGCAUGAAUUCAGAGUUAAUAAAAUGAAGAUAAGAGAAGCCAGUAGAAGAUUUAAGUGAUCAUGAAUUACCAUAAAGUAAACACGGCAUCAAUCACACAUAUAAGAUUUAAUGUCCCAAGGGCAACAAUUCAGGACAGGCUGACAGGGAGAGUACCGGAUGAGUUGAGAAGACCAGGACCACCACCACUAUUGAUCGUUGAAGGGGCAGAACGAAUUAAAUGUGAGUUUCCCAUAAAGAAACAGAUGCUACUGGAUACGGUUUGUAAAAUAAAUGCAGAUUCUGGUCUAAAUUUAUUUAAAAAGGGAGCACCAAAACAAACAUGGUAUAUGAACUUCAUGAAAAAGAAUCCAGAGAUAUCUCUCAGGGAAGCAGAGGGAAUCAAUAAAACUCGAGCAGCAGUAACAGAACAAUCUGUGAGAAAUUGGUUCAAGAAACUUGAACAGUUUCUGAAAGAUAAUGAAUUCUCUCCUAUACUGGAAGAUCCUAGAAGAAUUUUCAAUGGAGAUGAGUCUGGUUUCGCCCUAUGUCCAUCUAGUGGUAAAGUUUUAGGACCAAAGGAUUUUAGAAGUCUUCUAACCGUUAAACAAGGGAAUGAAAA